AUGGUAGCUUACUCAUGUUUUGAUAUUCAGGAACUUAGGUUUGAGCCCAUUGUGAUAUGCACACCCAUUGAAAAGAAAAAUACAUUUCGAGCUAGCAAGCUUAUAGAUGGAGAUAUUGUUUGCUUUCAAAAAUCUCAUACAGUUGAAAGUGCUGAACAAUAUCGCUAUCCAAAUGUUCCUUCAUUUUUGGACUAUGUGCAUAAUCAACAGGUGGUUGUUCACUUCCGAUCUCUUGAAAAGCCGAAGGAAGAUGAUUUUUGUCUAGAGAUGUCAAAGCUUUUUACGUAUGAUGUUGUUGUAGAAAGAGUAGCUCAGAUAUUGAAUUUGGAUGAUCCAUCCAAAAUCAGGCUUACAUCACAUAACUCCUACUCUCAGCAACCCAAACCUCAACCUAUUAAGUACCGUGGCGUUGAUCAUUUGGCGGAUAUGCUGAUUCAACACGACCAGACUUCUGAUAUAUUGUACUAUGAAGUAUUGGACAUUCCUCUGCCAGAAUUAGAAAGUCUGAAAUUUCUUAAAGUAGCAUUUCAUCAUGAUAUGAAGGGUGAAGUGGAGCUGUCUCAUCCUGAUGCAGAACUCCGGUUGCUAGAAGUUUUCUAUCGUAAGAUAUACAAGAACGUUGAAAGAAUUGAAAAAGAAACUCCUGCUGGAAAGAAGGGUGCUGAGGAGGCCACCAGUGAGGUCAUCAUGUCUCUCACUAGGCUUGGGGAAAAUUUUAAUCGUCAAGUGGAACAGAUAGGUUUGCAGAACAUAUUGGAGAAUCUAGCUGCUGCUUUAGAGCUAUCUAAAAGUCUCCGCUCCACAGGAAUGAAGGAUUUGAAAAAUGAUUUAUCAGAUGAGUUGAUGGCAUCUGUGCCUUCUGAAGUUUCCGUUGUUCGGGACAAGGUAGUCUUAUAUGCAUUUUUGAAGAUGUUAGAGAGCAGAAUGUCCAAUCUGAGCGCUGAGGUUACCUUAAGUUCUAGUAAGUUAACAGAAGCAGAGGCAAAGCUGAAGAGUUAUGAAUCAUCUGAGGUGGAUCAUAACUCUAGAGUUGAAUCCCUGGAGGCUGAAGUGAUCAAGAAGCAAGCAGAGAAUGAGACUUUGAAGAACCAAGCUAUUGUUUCAGAGCAAAAAGCUUCCACCUCCCAACAGAAGGCUGUAUUCCGGGAAGCUGAACUGAUCAGGAAGCAAGCAGAGAAUGAGGCUUUGAAGAACCAAGCAGAGAAUGAGGCUUUGAAGAACCAAGCUAUUGUUUCAGAGCAAAAAACUUCCAGCUCCCAACAGAAGGCUCUAUUCCUAGAGGCUGAACUGAUCAAGAAGCAAGCAGAGAAUGAGGCUUUGAAGAACCAAGCUAUUGCUUCAGAGCAAAAAGCUUCCAGCUCCGAACAGAAGGCUCUAUUCCUGGAGGCUGAACUGAUCCGUAAUGAAGCAGAGAAUGAGGUUUUGAAGAACCAAGCCAUUGCUUUAGAGCAAAAAGCUUCUAGGUCUGAACAAAAGGCUUUAAUCCUGGCGCGGACGAUUCUGAAGCGGGAUAAGUACUCAAAGGAUUCGUCUGAUGCUGCUUCCAAACUCAUUGAAGAUUCCAGUGGCUCUGGGGAGUCUAAGGAUCAGGGUGCUGAUCCACUUCCGUUCCCUUCUUCACGUUAG